ACAAUAUAUUACACUUUUACGGACACGCUGGUGGCGCAUGGUGACAACAAGGUCUUUGCUUUUACUGUUGGUAUCGAUGUGUGAUCGACUACAGUGUCUGGAACAGCAGCGCAGGGAGCACAACACCAGCGCAGCGAGCAGCCGCGUUUCAGAGGAUUCAUCACCACGUUAGGCUGCAGGUCAUGGGGUUGACCAAGCAGUACCUGCGCUACGUCUCCAGCGCAGUGUUUGGAGUAAUCGGCAGCCAAAAAGCCAACAUCGCAUAUGUGACCCUCCGAGGGGGAGAGAGGGGCCGCUACGUUGCUGUGGCUGCAUGUGAGCACGUGUUCAUCUGGGAUGUCCGAAAAGGAGAGAAGGUCCUGAUCCUGCAGGGCCAGAAACACGAGGUGACCUUCCUCUGCCCCUCACCCGAUGGCAUCCACAUCGCCGUGGGUUACGAGGAUGGCGCCGUGCGAAUCUUUAGCUUGCUGAACGGCGAGAGCAAUGUCUCCUUCAAUGGCCACAAGUCUGCUGUCAGCGUCAUACACUACGACAGGCUCGGAGCUCGGCUCGUCACUGGUUCCAAGGACACAGAUGUGAUCGUGUGGGACAUCAUCAAUGAGUGUGGGCUGUACAGGCUGAGAGGCCAUAAAGACAUCAUCACACAGGCCUUGUUCCUCAAAGACAAGAACCUCCUGGUCACCAGCUCCAAGGACAGUUUUGUGAAGUGGUGGGACCUGGACACACAGCACUGCUUCAAGACCAUGGUGGGCCAUCGCAGUGAGGUGUGGAGCAUGGUGCUGUUGAACCAGGAGUACAGGCUGUUAACAGGCUCAGCAGACAGUGAACUCCGAGCCUGGGACAUCAGCUACCUGCAGGAGGAGAAAACUGAGGGUGAACCCAAGGUGAAGAAGGGGAAGACUCUGCUGGAGGAUGACGACGACGAAGACAACGAAGAAGGGCUGGACGAGAGUCCGGAAGAGCGGAUCCUGAGUUGUAAAAAAGCCGGCUCUAUCCUGAGAGAGGCCAGGGACAGAGUUGUCUCCAUGACAAUGGACAACAAGGCCAGAGUCAUCGCUUGCCACGGCAAUGAUUCAAUCCUGGAGCUUUUCACUGUGCUGUCAGAGGAGGAAGUGCAGAAGAAAAUGACAAAGAAGUUGAAGAAAGCCAAAAAGAAGGCAGCUAAAGCUCAGGAAGAUGCAGGCGAGGAGGCAGCAGAGCCGGUGGUGGAGAGGAUGCUGAAGGACGAGAUCAUCAGACUGACCAACAUCAAGGCCUCCGCCAAGAUCAGAUGGGUGGAAUGCCUGUCAUGUGUUGGUGGCGAGCUGAAGGUGGCGCUGCUGCUACAGAACAAUACCGUCGAGACCUACAGCCUGAAGACUUCAGACAAGACCCCCACAGCCAAUAAGACGGCUCGCCUCACAAUCGGCGGCCACCGCACGGACGUCCGCACACUGGCCUUCAGCUCGGACAACCUGGCCGUCCUCUCCGCCUCUGGUGACACUGUCAAAGUUUGGAACAGGUCAACUCUGCAGGUGAUUCGCACCAUGGCCUGUGACUACGCCCUCUGCUCCCUCUUCGUGCCUGGAGACAGACAGAUAAUUCUGGGGACCAAGAGCGGGAAACUGCAGAUCUUUGAGUUGGCCUCAGGAAGCCUCCUGGAGACUGUGGACGCCCAUGAUGGAGCCCUGUGGUCCCUGUGCCUCGCCCCAGACCAGAGGGGAAUUGUCACAGGAAGUGCAGAUAAGACAGUGAAGUUCUGGGAGUUUGAGCUGAUAAAGGACCAAGGGACGGCCCAAAAGAGGCUGACAGUGAAGCACACACGGACUCUGCAAUUGGAGGAAGACGUUUUGUGUGUGAAGUUUUCUCCUGACCACAGACUGCUGGCUGUCUCUCUGUUAGACUGCACUGUGAAGAUUUUCUACACAGACACACUUAAGUUCUUCUUGUCUCUGUAUGGACACAAGCUGCCUGUUCUUUGCCUGGACAUCUCACAUGAUAACACAAUCAUCGCCACCGGCUCAGCUGACAGAAACGUGAAGAUCUGGGGUCUGGACUUCGGCGACUGUCACCGCUCCAUGUUUGCUCAUGACGACAGCGUCAUGUUCCUACAGUUUGUCCCCAAGACUCAUCUGUUCUUCACAGCAGGGAAGGAUAAGAAGAUCAAACAGUGGGACGCCGACAAGUUUGAGCACAUCCAGACGCUGGAGGUGACACUCUUUCUCCUUACCCUUGAUAUUUGGGGUCGACUGGCGGAGCGAAUCAUGGAGGCUCUGGAACUUUACAAAGAGGAAAACAGGAAGCUGGAAGUGCAUAAAUAUGCUUGUGAGAAUGCAGGCAAAGAGCUUCCUCCACCAAAACCCAAUCCUAUUCUUGUGGCCUUUGGGAAUGUUUCACCAUCACGCUACGUUUUAGAUGUCAUAAAGAAGGUCAGAUCGAGUGAGCUGGAGGUUUCUCUGCUGGUCUUACCGUUCCCUUACGUCCCUGAACUGCUGAAGUUGUUCAACAGCUACAUCCAGCAGGGCCUGGAGGUGGAGCUGGUCUGCCGCUGCCUUUUCUUUCUUCUCAAGAUCCAUUUUGGUCAGAUCUCCAGUAACCAGAUGCUGCUGUCUGUCAUCGAUGAGCUACGGACAAAUACUGUCUCCAAAGUGCGAGAAAUCAGAGAUGUGAUGGGCUUUAACAGCGCAGGGCUCCAGUUCCUCCAGCGGGAGAUCGAGAGCAAGGAGGACGUGAUGUUCUUUGCCGAUGCCACAGGCCAACUGAAGGAGAAGAAGAAGAAGAGGAGGAAGAGGGAGCGAGCCAUCCUGACCAUCGCCUGAAUCAUAACGGACAUUUUUGACUGUUUGUGUAUAAACAUCCCCUCCCCAUCCCCUCCCAGCUGUGGAUCAGAGGGUUUACUCUGUUGUACGUAGGAUGUAACACAGUGUUAUUCAGUGACACGCUUCAUUUCCCAAAUAAACUGUCUGACUUUUUCUCACA